AAUGUUAUUAAUAGUGUUUUCAACCAGUUUUCUAAAUCUGCAAACUCAUUUAGACUUUUCAAUGUGGAUAAAAAGUUUUAUUCGCAAGAAUCACUGACGGAAGCUUACAUUAAAGCCAAGAAAAAGUGUGAAUCGAAAAAACUUCCUCCCAAUGUUGACACUCAAGGAGUAUUUGCCUGCAAUGAGCUUGACCUCAAAGAAAUCUCAGUUUAUGGAUUUGACUAUGACUACACCCUGGCAUGCUAUAAAGAAUCAAUGGAUUUUCUUCUAUACAACUUGGGACGAGAAAACCUCAUAACCAAGUAUAAGUAUCCUGAAGAAGUUAGAAACUUGGAAUACAUUCCUGGGUUUGCUGUUCGAGGUCUUCAUUACGAUAUUGAAAAAGGAUUGCUGAUGAAACUAGACUCCUUCUUGCAAAUUCAACUCGGAACAGUGUACAGAGGCACACGACCUGUGCCAGAUGAAGAAGUGCUACGAUUAUACAAAAAUAGAACAAUCCCCAUUGCUUACGCUGAGUCCUACAUUCAUCACAAGAACUCCAAGGAUCUGGCUACAAAGAUGGUGCAGUUAGCGGACUUAUUUUCAGUUCCAGAGAUGUGUCUGCUGUGUAAUGUUGCCAACUUUUUCGAAGAUCGGCAUAUCGAUUAUCAUCCCGAAAUAUUAUUCAGGGAUGUAAAGAGCUCAGUCGGAGCAGGACAUGGAGUUAUGCACCAGUUAGUUUCUCAGGAUACAGCAAAAUAUGUUGAAACGAAUCCAGACCUACGUGAAUUUUUCGAGCGGCUAGUUGAUGCUAAGAAAAAGCUGUUCCUGAUCACCAAUAGUCCUUUCAAAUUUGUAGAUAAAGGUAUGUCUUUGAUGGUUGGUAAAGACUGGGAGAGCUUUUUUGAUGUCAUCAUAGUACAGGCAAGGAAACCACGAUUUUUCACAGAUGAGUCAAGACCGAUGCGUAUCUAUGAUAAGGAACGUGAUACAAAUCUGUGGGACCGCAUAAAUCAUCUAGAAAAAGGUGUCAUCUACUAUGAGGGGACUGUUCAUCAGCUACUCGAUUUUACUGGAUGGCGAGGGAGUGAAGUUUUGUACUUUGGAGAUCAUCCUUACAGUGAUUUAGCUGAUGUGACGCUGGAACAUGGUUGGUGCACAGGAGCUAUCAUUAGUGAACUGACGCAUGAGAUCGAGACUCUUAAUUCAGAUGAGUUCAAGAAGAAUAUAAACUGGUUACAAAUGUUAACAGCUUUGAUUGAGGAGCACCAAGGAAGCACAAGCCCUGAUGCUUUUCAGAUUUUGGAGAGUUGGUGCAUUGAACGAGAUGAAUUGAGGGACAAAGCAAAAACGGUCUUCAACAAGCAGUUUGGCAGUGUUUUCCGAACGCACCACAAUCCAACUUACUUUUCGCGGAGACUCUUCAGAUUCGCUGACAUUUACACGUCGCACAUCACAAAUUUGUUGAAUUAUUCGGUGAAUCACGUCUUUUACCCUCGUCGAGGCGUCAUGCCUCAUGAAUACUCAGCACAUUUUGUUUGAAAAAGUUUUCAGUUAUUUUUAUUUUUUUUUUUUCACAAUAGCCUCCAAAACUUUAUCCUACAACCGUUGUUUUCUGAAGGUGAAACUUGUUCCAUUUUUUUGUUUUUUCUUUUGCUGAUUAUGAAAAAAAAAUACUUUUGAUUGUUCUAUCAAGAAAGUGUGAAUUCUGACAUAAUUACUCGUGUUAUCAAAAGAAAUCCAGUCCGAACAUUGGCAAAUAUCUAAUGUUGAACUAGCUCAGACGUAGAAUUUGUAAGAAACUUGCCAUGGGCUCAAUCAAAGUAUUGAAUGUGGACUAAACGUGAUAUUUUUAGAAAUUAGCUAUUCAUACCCUCUGCUUGGAGAGAGACCUGUAACUUGCUCUGGCAGUUGCGUGAAAGCUCAAUAAUCAUAGUUAUUACUAGUCAUUUUGUGAUACUUGAGCCAUUGUAAGUUUUGCGACUCAACAGAUCUAUGAUCACUAUUUUGAAAAGUAUCUGAUUCAGGGCUCUCUUCAAAAUCUUUCAAUUUUUUUAACUUUUUGCCCCAAUCAACUUCUUUUCAUUUUUAUGAACAGUAAGUGUAUAUCUCGUUAAAAGCAAUUAGUCAGUUACCUCAUUCAGAAAAUAAAUACCUGUUCUUGACCUCAGCUAUUAACUUCUACGAAUUUCUAAUUUCUCUUCCCGGUUGUUUCUCGUGUAUUAAUUUCUAACUGAACAAGUCAAAAAGUUGAAACAUAAGCUAAGUUGUCUCUCAUUCAAGAAAUCAACUAACACUAAUGAUUCAUGGUUUGAGCAGCCUCCAAAGGUGUUUGAUUUGUUCAUUUUUUUUCCAAGUGCUCGAUUUUUUUCGAAGAUGCUACAAUUUUUUCUUCACUAUUUGUCAGCAGUAAAUUCUUGCUGUUUUGAGAAACGACAGAGCAUUUGACAGUAAAUAGAUUGUUUGGAAAAACAUCCUAUUUAUGAAAGAAAUCACAAUCUAUCUUCAAAGUGAACUGAAAAUUGCCAACUCGAUCUCAUGAUACACAGAGAAAACUGUACAUCUUGGAAACAUGACACAGCGGUUACAAAUUAGGUUGUGAAAAGUGUUUGUUCGUUCUUCAGAAAGUGCUUGGUUAUUUACUCUUGAGGCUGCAAAAACCAUAAUUUUUGUUUAAAAUUUCCCAUUAACACUACCUUUAUUAUUCACACUCUUAAUGAUGUAACCUUACUAGCCGCUUAAGGAAACAGACUCCAACUUCCUGUUUGUAAUUUUAAUUUAACAUGGUUUGUUAAAUAUCUCUUAAUUGGACAGCGCUAAGCAAAAAGGAACCAAGCCACAUCAGCUAUUGUCAAAUUUAAAAUUUAAUUUUUCACACGGUUGGUUCUUGGUCAUUUUUUAAAACGGUUGUGCGAAUUUAUUUUUUUGCAAAUUUCAGUGAAUUUUUCAUGUAAUACGAGGCAAAUUGUUUUAAAAUUUUUAAAACUAUCUGCACAAACAUUCUCUUGUAAAAAAUUAUAUAGCUCCGUUAAUUUAUGCGACAGCUCAUGUGGCUUGGUUUCUCUCUGCUGAAUGCAGUCCAAUUAUGGAGGUUAAAUAUUAGAGUUGUUGACUUAAGUAGUCAUUGUGGAUUUUUUUUGUUAACAACUAGGCUUUGCUGUGUGUUCUAAAGUAAAGUAAAUGAUUUAUACUGAAAGUGCGACGCCCUGAAAAUUUAACAAUUCUGAAAUGAAAUUUUUGCUGGUGGUGAGUGUUUAUUUAAACUCGUGUAUUGUUUUUUGCUGAGAAAGCCCUAAUUUGAUCCGCUAAUCUUUGACAAACAUCCUCUUUCCUUCUAUGCACUGUUUCUGUGUAAGAAAACGUGGGUAUUUUUGUCUCUGUUCAAUUUCAUGUCAAGGAGUUUCUUUUUUGGCUUUUUUUCGUGUUUUUUGCAAUAUUCAUGGAGAUACUUAGGUCUUUUACUUACCACUAAGUUAAAAUUUUACUCUAUAUGAAAUUUAAUGUAUUACAAAAUCAUCCAUUUUUAAAGAUAGUUUCGUUAUAGUAUACUUCAUAAAAGUUUUAAAAGUGAAAAAUUCUUUUUUAAUAAGCAAGUAUGUUAACAAACUCUAUGGUGAAGCAGAUAUUUUAAUUUGCAGGGACUUUAAUCUUGAUAAUGCCAAUAUGUUGUUCUUUUAAUAAGUAUUUCUUGCACAAAUCAAAAUUAUUAACAAAUACAAUCUUUUCUUUGUUUUGUUUUGUUAAAUGUAUACCAUGAGACAAGAGGGAAUUACAAACUGUGACUGAAACUAGGUUAAGUGUAUAUCAAAGUCAGAGUCCUCAAUAUUUUUUAAGUCAUUAAGUGAAAAUUAACAGUUACACCUUAUUCCAUCGGGGGUUAAAAGUAUUUUUUGUUCUUUGUUAUUGCGCAGUUGGACAAAUGUCACGCUCAUGACGCAAGUGAAUAUUAGAAAAAACAAUAUGAAUAUAUGUGUCUUUUCAUUCUAUCAUUGCAAAAAGUACCCUUGAAUCCAGGAUUCUAAACGUUGGCUUUCAUGCUCACCCGCAAAUUUCAACAGAGCAUAAAGUUAUACACCUCUCCAUUAGAUGAGCUUAUUUUAUUUUUCUCAGUGUAGAAGUUAUUUUUAGAAUAGGAAUUUGUUGCCAUAUUAAUGAGUGUUAACAUUUUAACCCUAGGAUUAUUGUAAUGUUUUUUGUCAAAAUGUGAUAAAAUUUUUGGACGAGAUUUUUGUCAGAUUGUCAUUUUGUAUCCGGUAUUUUUCGAUUUGUGCCUGUUCUUUUAAUGUAUGGCUAAAAUUUUGUAUAAUUUUCAAGUGCACUCCAAAAUCAGGUGAUCUAUCUAGACCCUGUGAGCUAAAUUUUGAAGACAAUAAAGAAGCCAAUUGGACUAAAUUUUGCAAUCAGGAACCAAAGUAUUUGGCUCAGUUUAGAAACAACGUAUGUACAAUUAAUUCCCCUAAACACAUUAGUGUUUAAGGGAUGAGCCAGACAUUGUAAGUUCUAAUUGCAUAAUGCAGUCCAAUUGGUUACCCGAUAGAAUUUGCUUAGCUAUACUGCGAAACACUAAGUUCAUUGUUGUCAUAAGAAACUGAUCCCUUACCCAAGGGUAUUGAUAAAAUUGUAAUUAAGCAAAUACAAGUCAUCAGAUUACACAAGGUAACCGAGAAAAUUUGAUGUCAUCAAGAAAGUAUUAGGGAAGUCAGUCAUAGUUCAGGAAAUUAUUCGUACGUUAAGCAUUUUUCAACUACAUACUGUUUAGCAUAUUUAAAAGUUGAACGUUUGAUUCAAUUCAUUGAUAUGUUGGCAUGUAAAAUCAAAUGAGAGUCAAUUUACUCAAGCAGAAAAUCAGGAAAAUCCAAAAUGAGAUUUCAAUAGAUACUAAGUUAUAGCAUGUGUUUUGUAUCCACUUGAUGAAAUUUUAUAAAUAAGGAUGCUUGAUACAGACGGAGCAUGCUAAAAGCUCUCUAUUUUCAUAGGAUUGGCACAACUAACGAAAAUAAGGAGUUGUCGUUUUUUCUAGGCUUUCAUAGUAAUCUAGCCUACUGUUUAAAGAAGUUUUUGAAGGUCUUUUGUCACCAAUUUUGUAAUUUUUGCUAUUUUGUAACCAAUCUUUAAUUGAUAGGGCAAUUUUUUCUCCUUUUUCUCAGCCUUGAGGUUUCUUUUUUUGAACUGUCACAAUACGUCCUCUUUUCAAGGAUAUGUAUUCCAAGAAUUGGAUAGAUCCUCGUUUUAUGUUACCAAUCCUUAUCUAUUUCAUUCUCAGGUGUUACAGUAUUUAUAACUCACCCCAUAAGUAUUCGUCAAAUAAUUUUUAUCCCGCAAGAUAAUUUAUUGUUUGUAAUGGUGUUGAAACUGAAUAAGUUCUGAAAAAGACAGUAAAAAGAAAAAUGUCAAGUAUUAAAAACAGGGUAAAAAAUUCCAUUUUGAGUGCAUUCUGAGGGAAAAAACACAUGUUAACAAUAUACUUUGGUUCACUGACUUCCAAAUUUAUUUUGACAGUGAAACUGCAAAAAUGCAUACCUCGGUUGCGAUGUUUCAAAAUCUCGACUCCAUUUUAAUUCUUUAAAAGGAGAUGGAACUAACAUCCUAGCUUGCAUUUUCCUCCGAAUAUCCUUUACAAAGAGAAGAAAACUCACCAAAGUUUUCAAAAAACCAAGUUCAGUAGUUUUCCAUGUAGAAAACAAAUUAUGAUAGGAAGUCUGCAAGGCUACAAACCAAGGUAUGCAAUUCUCAGAGAAUUGCAGUUUCAUCAUCGCUUUAAUGGUAUUUAGGUAUCUUCUUUUCACAUAUGGAAGUAUCUAAAUCAAAAGGAUCGAACUCUAUUGUGACUUGACUGAUUUGAGCCUUGGAGACACUUAUGGGUACUUACAUGCAAAACAGGGACCAUGUCAUAAUGAAGACAGUUCCUUUUGAUUUGAAUAAAGCCACUUUACUCUCUACUCGGAUGAAAUUAUUUCCCCUCCACGAUUAUUGCUCUUGAAAAAGAGGAUCCUAACAACAAACAAAUUACAUUUCGAUUGAGAAAAAUUUGUUCAAGAGAAACUUUUUUUACAACUCUCCAGUUUUGUGCCUAUUAUAUUGGUAGUCAGUUUUCAGAUAUGGAUUUUGCUAAGAUAUGUUGCGCGUUAAAAGUUGAGUGGGACAAAUGUCUUACUUUCAGUCCUACUAAAUUGUCAAUACUUCAUUUGUACAUUUUUUUAAUGGAACAAAGUGAUUAGAACUUUCUUAUGAUUACUAAACACAUUACGUACAGAUUUCAUACCAUUAAUUCUUCUCAAUGUUCAAGCGCACUCUGAGAUCUGGUGAUCUACCUAAAAUCUGCUGGCUUUAAGUUUAAAGACAAUAAAGCAGCUGCUUGAAUGUCUGAAAGGAUUUGCUCUACUCUACUGCAAAACACAAAGGUUAAUUGGACUACAUUUUGCAAUUAAGAACUAUAAAUUACGGUCCGGUUUAAAAACAACGUAUGUGCCAUUAGUUUCCCCAUGCACAUAAGUGUUUUUUUAGAUGAGUCAGAAUUUAUAGCUCCAAAUUGCAAAAUGCAGUCUAAUUGUCAAUAUGAAGGUCCUGUGACAUUCCCAGUGAAUUAAUCUACGUAUAAUCAACAAGUGAGCUUCAAAGUUUAGGUAUUCUGUAACUUUGAUUUGAUUUUCAAAUUGAAAAGGAUGCAAUUAGGCACAAUACUCAUAAGUUCUCAAAAGUGUAACCAAUCCUUAAAAUGUAAAAGUUAAGAAACUCUUUUAAUGUAAAUGUAUGUAAAAUUCACAUCCAAAAAAAGUUAUGAAACAAAUUUUGCAUCAAAAUUACUCAUAUUGAUGCAAAAUACACAACACAAACAGUUUAAGUUAUGUGAAAUUUCUUUAGAUUUUUUGUUAAAAUUUACCAGUUAAAGUUAUGUGAAAUUUAUUUAGAUUUUUUGUUAAAAUUUACCAAAAUAAAGUGAUAAAAAACUUUUAAAUAUGCACCUUUUUGUAAAUGAGAGCUGAGAAGAUGAUCCUAGUCAGAUAUUUUAACAUUUUAUUAACAGAUUCCUCUUCGAGUUUCUUAACUUUCCCAGUCAAAUUACCUAACUUAACAGCUAAUGCUCCCAGGAUUCAUUACAAGUACUUUAAAAAAAACACAAAAAAAAAAAAAUUGUAUACAAUUACAGACUAUGUGAAGUGUCUCCAGCUCUUGAACAAUUCUCAAAUUUAUUCCCAGUUCGGUCAAGUUUUAAGAAUUUGAAUGAAGAUAGCCAAUCCCUCAGGCCCUCACAUUAGCACUGUACUUUGUUCAAUCUUGUCCAAAUUCUGUAAACACCUACAUUAAAGUUUAGCACAAAUAAGUUACCCUAAUUGAAAUGAAGGACGUAUCAAUUGUUUUGAAGUGUAUUACAGUACAUUGAUAGUAUUUUAAUAAUUAGAAUUAUUAUUACCGAAA